AUGAAGUCCGCCGAGAGCGGGCAAGCGGAGGCGGCGGCGACUGCCCUCGUCCCAACGUUUGCCCGCGAAAGUGCGGGGCGAAACGAAGAAGCGGGCGAGAGGUCAAGUGUCGAAAAAGAAGGAGGCAGUCUGCCAAGCGCACCGCCGGACCUCCCUGCGCAGCUCUCUGCGCGGCAAGCUUCACAUCCUCCAGGUGUAUGUACACCUCGCGAAAGGCGAGGAGACACAGACGACACAGACGCAGCUCGCGGUGCGCGUCUCCGCUUCUCCUCCAGCGGCAUCUUCGGAGCGUUUCGAGAGCAAGGGAAGUCGCAAAAGCGCCCCAUCCGUCGUCGAGUCUGGCCGCGACCGCGGAAGGCUCAGGCGACGAGGCGCGCGGCGUCCUCGGCGCAUGCAAACGACCAGACAAGUGGGAAGAAAGAGCCUUCCCCUGCCCCCUAUCCGGCGUCGGCUCUCUCGAGCCCUGCGGAUCUCGGCACCUCUGGCAGCUCUUCUCUCUCGCAUUCGGUCUCUGAGCGGAGCAAACCGGUUCGCGUUGGAGAAGUGUCCCUGACGCCUCGCCAAAGACUCACUGGCCGCUCACAUGUGACGGCCGAGGAAACGCCUUUUUCUGGGCUGAAUGCGGCCCUUUCUGGGCAUUCGCCCGACUGGGCGCCCGCCCCUCAGGAGCGCACGGCUUCGGCUGUACAUACACUUCACGUGCCGAUGCCUAGCAGCCGACACGCGAACCGUGUUUCGUCGCCGAGCACCCAUCUCCGCAGUCCGCUCUCUCGCAUGUCCUCGACUCCCUCGGCGACCUCGGCUUCUCCCGCGUCGCGCCGAGGCAGCCGGAGACGGUCUCCGUCGAACUCCAGCCCCCCCCCUUCCGUGUCGCCCUCGCAGUUUUUGGAUUUUCUCUUUGUCUCUGCAUCGCCGGUCACCCCCCACGAGUCUGCGCGCCGCGCUGCGCACCAUGACUCUGCCUUGCGUCCUGACUCGCAAGCUUUUGCGGAGGAGAGACAAGGAAGAGCUCUCCGAGGCCAGCCAGGCUCAGCGGUCCGUCAUGCACAGGGUCAAGGCGCCUCUGUCUCUCCAGCACACGCCGACAGAGACGUCGCGUGGGCGUGGCUGCCUCCCGCGUCUUCUGGCGAGCACCCUGCCGCUUGGCUAGCCAGAAGACACGGCUCCUCAAUCCGGCACGGGAGUCUGGGCGCGCCCCGCGUGGGCGAGACCGGACGCCCGUCUCUGUUGCCUGUAGCUUGUUCAAGCCUUCCCCGUUCCCGGUCGGGGGGCUAUCCCUUGCGGCGUCGAACCUCGGCGCGUUCGUCGUUCAGCGCGCCGUACACACUCCCGGACUCGCUGCAGCAUGCGGCCCUCUGGGGGAGAGCCGGACGUCCUUUCGACGAGCGAACCGAGGGCGUGGCGCUUGGGCGGAGAGGCACUGAGGGCGGCAGGCGACGCAGUGCGUGUCCCUCCGAGCGAGGCAGCCUGAAGCGGGGCUCGGCAGUGGCUGAUCCAGAGCGGCGAGAUUUGGGGACCCUGGGGGAGACGAGUCGUGGCGACAGAGACGCAUCCUUCUCCGUGCCCUACGGCCUGCGCCGUCAGUCCAGUGCGAGGGCCUCGACGCUGGAGCGCGUGCGGCAGGCCUGCGGGGAGGCGCUGAAAGAAGAUCUUGCGCGACUCCUCGCGCAGGGGAGCCACGCCGAUGAGCCUGUGGGUACACUGGACGCCUGCUGGCAGCGCGUCCUUUCCUGUGGCGGCAGCACUCUCUGCGGGGCGAGUGUGGGGCAGACCCGCACGGGCGCGCGGCUCCGAGAGAUUGCAGAAUCGAUCGCAUGCGGGGGAAUCGAGGAAGCGACGUGGAAACAGGCGUUGCGAAACGGGGACGAGGACUCGAAAGCCACCCUAGGAGACAGCGACUCGAAGCGAGCGAUUCGCCAGAGAGAGGAGAAGUACCGCGGAUUUCUCUGCUUCGUCGUGACGGUCGGCGUGUUGCUAUGCGCGGUUGCCGCGGGAACCAUUGCCGGCGUCAUCAUGGCCUCCUCGACGCUCAGUCCCUCCGGCGCGCUGCUCCGCGUCACCUUCUCUUUGCCUGCAGCGCCGGAGGAGAGAGAGGAAGCCUUCAGAGACGAUGCGCGCCCGCGCAGAGCCUGGGAAGGAGAGACAGGAGGCAAAGGGGAGACAGGGCCUCGCGAGGCAGAGCCCUCUCGUUACUCGCCAGUGGAUGACUCGAUCCUCAGUCUGAACUCUCUGGUGCUUCUCGUUCCGCCUUCAGGAGCGGAAAAAGCGGGCGUUGCUGGAGUCCUCACAGGCGGAUUUGUCGUGACCCUCGUUGUACACAACCAAGGUGAGGGACAGGGAGAAAGACAGCAAGAUCAAGGGAUCAAGGCGAACUUCUCAGCGCUGCUGGAACUCUCGUACCUUCCCGCGAACGCCAUCGGGCAAGCCGCCUCGUCGGUCUGUUUCACGCCUCAAGACCCCAGUGUUCCUUCCCGGCCUGCGUCCAGUGAGGCUGCGCUGCGCCGCCUGUCGCUCUCUGCGGCUUUCAGCGCCUUCGUCGCUCUGAAUCGCGCGUCGCCCGACGCCGUCGAUGCAGGCUCCGCGGUGGCCAGCCAGUGUCGAGUCAUUUGGGAGUCCUUUGCUUCUUCUUCGUUUCUUCUCCCCCUCACCAUCUCCGAAGGCUCUCGCGAGAUUCAGCCCGGAGGCCCCGCCCUUCGCCAGGUCGUCUUGGACGCUGGUUUCAGUCGGAGUCUGAAAACGCUCCUUACUCGCGCAGACGCAGAAGGCGUCGACGCACCGCCCACAGACGCACCAGGCGCUUCCGCAGCGCCAGGUGCCGUCCAGCCUCCUUCUCCUCUUCCUUCUUCUCCUCUCCCUUUUUCUCCCGCUUUUUCGCCUUCUUCUUCUCUUUUUUCUUCUCUGUCUUCGUCUCCGUCUUCUUCUGCUCGUCCGUCUUUUUCGUUUCGGCAGGGGGAGGGGAAUCGCGCGAGGCACGGUGUGCCUGCUUCGCCUCGAAGCGACUACGCUCUAGCGGUGACGCCUUGGCUGGACUGGACUGGCCUGGAGCGCGGUUACAACGAAGUGGUCUUGGCCGUCAACUUGAAUCGGCAAAUCGGCGUGGCGGAGGCGUCUUUUUUCGACGCCCUCCAGCGCGACUGCGCCGACUUGGGCCGCGUCUACCUCGCAGUGUCCAUGAAAGGCGUCAUUCGCAGAACCGCCCUGCAAACCGGAGACCCAGAGAACUGGUGGACCGUCGCGUUCCGCCUUCCUUGCACGCGCGUCGAGGGAAACCGUCCCGCCCCUGCGGCGACCCCUGCGGACGGAGCUGGCGGAGCCGGAUCCGCUGGGUCCGGUGUCUCCUCCUCGCUCCUGGCGGAGGCGCAAGCGCGGAACUCCACGGAGAGACUCCCGGACGCGGGAGCGUCUGUCGCGAAGAUGAAGAACGCGCGCACCUCCCAAGCGCAGGGUUCUGUCCCCCCUCGGAACGGAGAACAGACGGACCGAGUCGACAGCGAAAGAGAGGAGAGGAGACAAAAAGCAGCAAGCAAAGAAACCGGAGGAACAGGAGAGAGAAGUGCAGCGAGGGUGACAGGAGGUAGAGGUGAGGAAGGAGGGAGACGCGCAGGGGCUUCUCAAGAGGCGAGGGAGAGAGCGGAAGCGUCAAGUGCCUGGCCACCGAGCCUUUUCGUGUAUGGCGCUGUGCUGGGCGAAAACCGAAAGAGGUACAAGGCGGUCCUAGGCGACGUUCUUCUUCGAUGGAUGAAGAGGUUCCCCACGUGCACGCAUGUGAUCCAGAGCCUCGCAGCAGAAUCGGGAGUAGAGCUCGCACUACCAACCGUCAUCCACUAA